AUGCAUCCGUACUCGCGUUUCAAUAAAGGCCACUACUAUAUACUUAUAGUCAUCGAUGUGCUGAGCAAAUACGCGUGGGUCGUACCGCUCAAGAGUAAAGGCGGAAGCGAGACAGCUGAUGCUAUCGCUGAAAUAAUUCGAGAUAGCAAGUGGUGCCCGAGAAACAUGCAAACCGAUAUGGGGAAAGAAUUUUACAACACCAAUGCAUCGGUCGUCGAACGAUUCAAUCGUACACUGAAAAACGAUAUGUGGAAGAUGUUUACACUCAACGGAACUUACAAAUGGGUGGAUGAGUUGCCGCGACUCGUGUCGGAUUACAAGCAAGCAUCGAACGAUCGGUAUACGAUCUGUCGACGUUAUCCUCGCGAUUGCCGAAACACUCUUGGCUACGGUAUAUAG